AUGGGGAAAGGCGGAGCGGGCGCAGGGGGAGCCGGGAUGGGCGGCGGCGGGGGAGGCGGAGCGGCGGGAAGCGCGGUGCGCGUGUGCGUGUUCGACUCGCGGCGGGGGAAGCGGGAGGGGGAAGAGGCGGAGAAGCUUCUGUUCUUCUUUCCGCCCGCCACUCCGCCGUCGGAGCAAGUGGCUUUACUUGGCCUCUGGGAGGGCCUUAUCGCCUUCACUAGAAUCUUCUCCCCCCGUCGCCCCUGUGAGGUGAUGCGAGCACACUUCAACCGCCACGUGCUGCUGGAGUGUGAGCCGGGCAUAUUCAUGGUGCUGGUGGUGGAGUGUCGGGGGGUCAACGGUGUCGUGCCGCCCGACGCUGCAGUGCGUGACGAGGCUCUUCGGCAGUAUCUGGUGGAGGCGCAUGCGCUCUUUUGUCUCUUCUUCGGCAGCAUCGACCGCCUGUUGCAGCAACAACCCGAACCUCCCACUCACCCCUCAGCAGCAGCAGCAGCAGCAGCAGCAGCAGCAGCAGCAGCAGCAGCAGCAGCCACACCCUCAUCAAAUCUUCACUCCAACACACCUUCACACGAGUCCCCUUCACAUGAUUCCCCAUCAGCCGUUCCCCCUUCAGCAGACUUAGCCCGUGCCUGCCUGCAAGCGUUCCUCCCUGACUUUCUCACAGGCGGGUCCCCAGAGCCUUCCGCCCUCACAUUCCCUUUCGCCCUCUCUGCUCCAAUGCCUCCUCGAGUGCGCCUGCCUGCUCUCCUCGACUCCCUCUCCAACCGCCUCUCCUGCCGCCAACUGAAUCUUCCACGUUCCCUCACGCUCCCUGCUCUG